UCAAGCAGAGCGCUAAGUUUAGGUUCAUCGCUUGGGCGCUACAGUUGUAUUGAUAUAACACAAGCGACUGGACAUGCAUCAAAGAAUGUACUCAGUGAUGAUGAUGAAGUAAGACGUACAGGAAUACGAUACAUCACAGAGGAUUUGAUCAAAAAGUUGACCAAACAAGACAAUGUAACCCUUAUACGGUCCGUGAAUCUCUCCACUACUCAUGGUGAUAAAGUUUUCAGGUACAUUGAGAACUUGGACAAAUGUGAGCGUCUUCAAGUUCUCAACCUGAGUAACAACAGCAUUGAAAAAAUUGAGAAACUGGAGAAGCUUAAUAAAUUACAAGAACUGCAUCUUUCCAAUAACAAAAUACGAAAAAUUGAAGGUUUGGAGCACAUGGUGAACCUUAAGAUUCUGAAUCUGGCAAACAACAGCAUUGAACAAGUUCCUCUUUGGCUAGCUAAAAAGCUAAGAUCUCUUCAGACCCUGAACUUUCAGAAAAACAACAUUUUCUCGCUUCAUGAGCUAGUCAAACUGAAGCUUCUGAAAAACCUAACUGAACUGAAAUCAGCAGAGAACCCUGUAUCGAACCUAGCCCACUACCGCCUGUACAUAGUCUUCCAUCUGCGAUCACUAGAAUUGCUGGAUGGACAACUGAUCAGUGAACAGGAAAGAGAGCAAGCCCAUCAGCGCUUUUACACUGAGGAGGUUGAACGUCUGGAGCAGGAGCUGGAGGAGAAAGGGUCCGAAAUAGAUCGACUACAGAAGGAGAAGUCUGUUGCGCUAAAGGAGCUUGAACAGCAGGAAAACCUGCAACAAAGCCUGAGACUGCAAAGCCAAGAGCAACAACGUCGACAAGAACAGCUUGAAAUGGAACUCGACACCAAGUCUGAACUGCUGAAGCAGAAGACCUCUGAGCUGACCCGGGCCUGCCAGAAGCAGUAUGAACUAGAGCAAGAGUUGGCUUUUCAUAAGAUUGAUGCUAAGUUUGAGCCACUUCCGUAUGAUCAUAAUCAUGAUUUGGAGGGAGAUAAUGUGCUGACUGAGAGUCCUUACAUUGGAAAGGCUCGUCACAAAAGGAACACACUUGUGACAGACAGUGUAGAUACAGGGGACAGACGCUUGUCCACAGGGGGUCACACACUGUUGGACAGCACAAAGAAAGAUGACACUAGACAUGUUCUGGCAGGUCAUUCAGAUCAUGGUGUGUUUAAAGCAGAGGAGCGGCUCCAGCAGCUGAGUGAGGAACUGAAGCACAAAGAAAAACAGAUUCUGAGAGCCAGCAUGGAGCUUCAGCAACUAGAAGAGGCAGCAGCUCAAAAAAGAAUUUCAGAAGCAGAAAAUGAGCGUCCCAGGAGGCAGCUAGAGGCAAAGAUUCAGAGGUUAGGUGAGCUGCAACAUGAGGCCGAGACCCUGGAGAAGCAGUUGGACAAGCACAGUGCUGAAAUGAGCCAGACUCAGGAGGAGAUGGAGCAUCUGCAGAACUUACUACAGACUCUGGAACUAGAAGACCCCAGACAUGCUUAUGUGAAGGAUCAGCUGGCCAGCAAAAGUCAGCUGCUGGCCAUUAUGAGCAGGAAGCAGCACGAGUUAGAAGGUCGGCUGGAUGACAUGCUCACGCGUAUCACAAAGGAGACUCAAGAGAUUAAAGACCUAGAACAACAGCUUACAGAUGGUCAGAUAGAAGUUAACGAGGCCUUGAAGAAUGAUCUGGAGGGCAUAAUUUCUGGACUGCAGGAAUACCUGCAUGGGGUGAAGGAUCAGGCUCGACAGGCUCAAGCUGACUGUCUGCGCCUGCAGAGGGAAAGGGACACACUGCAGCUUCUUCUCCAGGACAAAGAGCAGCAGGUCAUCCAACUACAGGAAGCAGCCCAGAUUUCUGAAUGUGCACAAAAGGAGUUUUUGCAGCAUGAGGAGAUGUUGCAGGCUCUUAUAAGAGAGAAUGCUGAGCUUAGGGAAGCUCAGGGUCAUGUCAGUACAUAUGAGUCUGAAUUGGAGGCUCAGCUGCAAGAAAAAGACACAGAGGCUGGCCAGUUAAAAGAGGAGCUGAGUCGUUUGCAGCGUCUCAGUCAGCUAGAGCACUCUGCACUACAGGCGGAGCUCCAGAAGGAAAGACAGGCCAAAGAGAAUGCUUUAGCCCAGCUGCAGCUGGCUGCAGAAAGAGAACUGGAAAACAAUGAGCUUCUGCAACAGCUCAACAUAGUGCAGAGGGAAAAAGGUGCUCUAAUGGAAAAAAUCAGUGAUCUGCAUAAUGAAUUGCAGCAGGUUAGGAGGGAGCUGAUGUGUCCUAAACAGGUGGUCAGUUUGGUGGAGGGCCUGAGAAAAAGCAUUGCAACAGGGUCGGGUGAUUUAAGCAUGUUCAAUGGGACGGGAGAUCUGUUGAGUGAAAGCCUUGCUAACCUGCAGGACGAGUUGCAUUGCUCCGUUUCUGCUGCUUUGAAAGACCGUGAUGAAGCCCAGCGUGCUCAGGACAGACUGACACGUGAGCUGGGCUCUCUUAAACACAGGCUCAGAAACUAUGAGCAGAAAUACCAGAGUGUGUGUGAGGAGGCUAAACAGAUCAGGGCAGCAGAGAGGCAGGAGGAGGCUGAGCUUAUACAGCUCAGGGAGGAUCUUCAUGAGGCGCACGAGCAAGAGUAUGUGAUGCUGCAGCGAUUGCAAGAAGCUGAGAGUGAAAGAGAUCGCCUGCUGUCUGAGCUAGAGGAGCAAGACAAACAGAUAAAGACUAAUGAGACUCUAACACAAGAUCAGGUACAGUCUUUGGAUCUGGAGUUACAGGAGCUCAGGAGAUCCUUCACCACAGCUGAUCGAAUGGCUGUCGAGCAGCUGAAUGCUGCCAAGGACAAGAUUCGCUCCCUCCAUAGCACUGUGCAGAAAAUCAGCCAGGAGAGAGCAGAGAAUGCAGAGGAGCUUGAAGAAUCAAGGAUACAAGCUGAACAAGCCAUGCAAGAUCUAACAAGGGCAGAGGCAGAGAUCCAAGUUUUGCAGAAGCUGCUUCAAGACAGGGUUCAUGUAUUUGACGAGCCGGUGGAUAGCUUUGAUGGCCCACACUCCAGUAUUCUUCAGCCAGAGUUAGCCCGACUAAACCAGGCUUUGAAAAGACAACAGGCUCAGACCAAAAGGCUCAGAGACCAGUUGGCUCAAGCAAACUAUGACAACAGAGGAAACCUAGAGGAUCUGCUUGAAGAAAUCGAAGCCCUUAGGGAUACUCUACUGCAGCAAAGCAACUAUCUCUCCAGUUUCGGUCAGACUUCACACAAUGGAGGCCACUGGUAUUAUAUACCCGCCAACCAAAAUCCCCCAAGUCUUGGUUCUCAGGCCACACAGGACUCAGGGCUGGGCUCUCAGUAUGUCCCAUCCCCUGAUCGAGGGAAGCGUUUCAGGGGCAGGCAGCACAAAGGGACAAAACCCCCUUCCAGCAGAGGUUAUUGGGUCUAUUCUCCUCGUCCACAUGACCAACACCAUUACAUAGACAGAGAUACUUCAUACAGAAACAGUGAUGGUGAGAGUCAUGAGGAUGGGAUUAGAGGAUCUUGUUUUACACCUCCACCCGGAUCAGUCAUCUACACUGUGCCCCCUGACGGCACCCCUCUCCCUCCAGGCACAGUCAUUUAUGCUCCUCCGGUACCAGGCUUGGCUGUGCAUCCUGGUGCAGUGUUUUAUGGCCCUCCUCCUGAUGGGGUCAGGCUUGUGUAUGGCCCUCCACCCAGUGGUCUACAUAUACCUCUGAUCUCUAAUGGAACUCUGCUAUGCAAUGUCCCCGGUCAUCUGGAUUUGGAGUGCUCACUCAAAGAUGCAGAACGUUGUUUGAGGGAGCAAGAGUCAGGCAAAGAGGUUGUUGGACAGGAGCUGCUCAAGCUAGAGGAGCAGAGAUCAGAGUUGCAGAUGCAGCUUAAAGAGCUGCGACGUGCUGUGAGCCGACUGCAACACCACAGGAGGCUGUUGGAGAGUUCAGUAAGCAGUGCAGAGGAGGAGAGUGUAAUAGGAGAGGUAAAAUGUCUGGAGAAAACACUGCUUCAACGCAGGACAGAGUUACGAGAGACAGACCGUCUACUUCUGGAGGCUGAGGCAGACCUGAAGGAUAGAAGAUCUAAGACCAAUGACAUUCAGCAACGCCACAGUGAAGCUGAAAGGCGGUUGAAAGACACAGAACGUGACCUGGAAGAAGCAGAGUGGCGGGCUCAGGAUAACGCCAAACAGCGAACACACGCCAAACAGCAGCUGCGAGACCUUCAGGAAGAAAUUACAGAUCUACAGAGACGUAAGCAGAAUGAAGAACUCACACUACAGAAAUUAGAAAAAAUGAUAGCGGCUCGAGAAGCAGAGUUAGAGGUUGUCAGCAGAAAUUUAGAAAGAGCAACCAAUGAACUGCAGAACUUAACGAAAGAGCUAAGAGAAAAACAGAGCCAGGAAGCAAGGCUGCUUGUGAGCUGCAAAGACUCUGAAGAAACUGUAAACCAGUGGAAAAAAAAACUGGAACAUCUCAACAAGCAGAUAUUGGUGGCAAAAGAGGAGCAGUCUCUUUUAGGACGGAAGCUGGAGCAAUGGCGGGAAGAAGAGGGAGUCAUGAGGGCCAGUGUGGAUAGAAAUAGGUUUGGCCUUGUAGGAGUCCUAAGGCAGGGAGAAGAUGAAGCAUAUGGCUUGCAACAACGUAUUAAGGACUUGCAUGCAGAUAUGCAGAAUCUGGCUGUGCAGAAAGGAGAGCUGGACACUCAGCUAUCAGACAGAAAGAGCAGACUGGUUAAGUAUAAAAAAGAGGAACAGAAAUCAAAAGUGACAGUGCAGAAAUUGCGCUCAGUCAUCAGCAAGCACAAAGAAGACCUGAAGCAUGUACUGGACAUGAUCCAGCUGGAGAGUGGGGAGCUAGAGCGAGUAAAGUCUCAGCACAGCCAGAAACUGGACCAGCUGGAGAAGAGCAAUGAGAAUUUACUUCAGGUACGUUUAGAGUUGCAGACAAUGCAACAGGAGCUGGAGGAACAGCGUAGUGAGCAGGAACGACAGAGGAGGCUACAGGAGGAGGAAAUACGUACUCUAAAAGAGAAGCUUGAUGUCACGACCGCACAAAGGAGCAGCCUGAUGGAGCAGUGCACCAACCUGGAGGCUCGCCGCACCCAUGCUAACAGGUGCCUUGAAACAGCAGAGGAGGGAGCCCGGAAAGCUGAGGCAGAGAUGCUAAAAAUACAGGGAGAGCUGACCAAGCUGAAGCAAGAGCACAGACAGGCCCAAAGCAACCAAGAGGAGAUUAAGAGAGAUAUUGCUGCAACCCAGAAACAGCUUGAGGAAAAGACCGAAGAGCUGAAUAAAGUAAAAGAAAAUGUUGCACAUUCAAGACGUCAGCAAGAGGAGAUUAGAAAGGAUGCAAAAAAGUCUCAGCAAGAGCUGGAUGAUUUUGCCGAGCAGCAGCAGGAGCAGAAAGCUGUGCUGCUAGACAAAACCCAGAGACGACAACAAAGAGUGGACAAACUGGAGCAGCAGCUGAAGGAGCUGGAGACUGCAGUGGCAUGGAAGCGGACACAGUUUGAAGAAGAGGAAGAGCGCAUGAAGACGCAGCAGCAGCAGAGUUUAGAGUUAGAGGAACUGCAGAUACAGCAGCAACAGAAGCUGCAGUCCCAGUUGCAGGUAUUAGAGGAAGCUCUAGCUCAGCGUGUGGAGAAGAUGGACCAGGUCUCUGCGGCUGUGGAAGAGCUGGAAGAGAAAAGGUGCUUCAUGCUGGCAGACCAGAAGCAGUGUGCCCUACUGCAGGAUAGAGUGGCACAGUUGGAGCAGCACCUGGCUGAGAGUGAGGCCAGGCUUCGGGCCAGCACAGAGGAGCAGAGGGAGUUGAGACAGGAGCUGGAUACAUACCGUUCUAAGAUCCAGCUACUUCAAGAGACUCUAGGCACAGAAAGGACUCAGACAGAGCUGUGGGGGCAGGCAGAGGGAAAGGCUCACCUGCGAGAAAUUAGGGAUACAGCUCGCUCUCUGAGACCUGAAGUCCAAGCAGAGCUGGACAACAGUAUGAAGGAGCUGAAGUUUCAGUCCAUGGACUACUCAGACACAGAAAACUACGAGGAGAACAAUUCAUCAGCUCCAGGAAAUGACAAGAAGUGGGAAGGAGAACUGCGAAGAGAGAAACUGAAGCAGCAUGAAGAUAAUCUAAAGGCACAGCUGCGCAGGACCAUGUACUCCCAGCAAGAGGCCCUGAGUCUGCGCAGAAAGCAGACCGAGGGAAGCAUUCAGGGUCUGCGCAGACGAGUAGACCAGCUGGACCAGCUACUGGGCAAAUCUGACCAUGAUCCACCUUACCUAAGUGACUCCGAGAUCCUUACCAAAUACAGCUAUUUUGAGACUGACAGAUGGAGACCUCACGGGAGUGAAGACUACUCCUUUAGUCCAGUGAGGCUGGAUUCUUCCAUCCCUGAAAAGGACCAAACACACCUGCUAAACCAAAUGUACUGAUGACUUCAGGCACUAAGUUAGGAGGUACAGUGUCUCUUAUGCAAAACAAAAGAGACUAGCCUGCAGAAAUUAUUUUGAUCCCAGGCACAGUAAAGAAGGUAAACAUGAAGUAAAAAUGUUAGUAGCUGUGUUGAGAUUUGGCUUCUGCUACCUCAGCACCAAAUAAAGAUGCAAGCAAUGGAUUUUUAAUUCAUUGUUGAUGGUUAACAUGUAUUCACUGUUACUAAAAUGUGCAUUUUUACUCUAUGAUACAAACUAAAUUAUUUGUUAAAUUUUGGUUUUUAAACUUCUGUGAACUUUUACUUUUUUUUUUUUUUUUUUUACACGUAAGUAAAAUUAUUUAUGGCACUUAAUUUCAUAUAGUUGUCAUUUCCAAAACUGGAACUGUCAUGCAAUAAAUACUACAGAUUUUGUAUA